AUAUGGCGGACGAUACAGGAGAAGGUUUCAUCUUCCUUCGAUUUUGAAUACUGGUACCCCUGUAGAGUGCAUCAAAUCGGCUGCAGCAGCGACGUAAAUUAUGAUUAAAUUUAGUGAGGAAGUUUUCAUGGACAGAGUGAAGUGUUUGUCGGAGAGAUUGCUGUAAUUGCUCUUUCGUUUUUUAAGUAACUUGCCUCUAAAGAGCCGAAAUUGUGCGUGCUCCAAAAUAGUGGAAGAAUGCAUUCAAGGGCGCACAUGUUACUCGAGAAAGAGUGGUUUAAAUUGCAAAAGGAAGAGCUUCCUUGGGGUAUAAAGGCCAACCCACUGAAUGAGGAUGUGGACAUGUUUACCUGGGAAGGUACCCUAAAAGGCCCUAAAGACACAAUGUGGGAAGGUGGUGUCUUCAAGUUGUAUCUUCAGUUUGAUGAGUGCUACAAUGGCAGACCGCCAAAGAUUUUCUUUCACACAAUACCCUUCCAUCCAAAUGUUGAUGCAGACACAGGUCAAGUAUGUGCAGACUUUCUUGAUGAUUUGAAUUGCUGGAAAGAGUUUUAUUCAAUUUCUUAUAUGCUACUUAGUAUCCAGAUGCUGCUACCAAAUCCAGUUCUUGAGGAUGCUGUAAAUCCUAGUGCUGCCAGAAUUUUUGCUUCCUCACCUAGUGGUUUCAGACAGACUGUGCUGGACUGUGUUCUUGCCAGUAAGAGAAUUGAAGCUGGCCUCAAACCUCACACGGCCGAGGAAGUCGACCUGACUCGAAUGUCCCGUAAAGAUCCCGAGCCACCCGCGAGAACUCCUGACGAGAGAAAAAAGAGCUCGAAAAUCGGAAAAGUUUCGUUUGAUGACUAUCAUGCAAUGUGGAGUGGAAUAGCUACAACUAAACCAGUUUUGAGUUCAAAUAAUCCGCUAAGUGAGGUUCUUAAAGCCGAUUCCAAUCUGCAAGCCACACACUUUGGACUGCCGCAACAGGAAUUACACGAGGAGAUUCACAAACAAUUGACAGAGCAUAACGCUAUAAUGUACGGAAACUUUGAUACUGGACGAGAUGGUCGGGACUUAACGGAACUGAAGACCACUAGGAUUCAGUUACUGAAACAGAUUUACCUACCUAAACAGCAAGGAGGUCUUUCCGGCACUGAGACUCCUUUAUCCAGAACUCAGACCUAUGCUCCUUCACCGGCGGAAACAAAUGCGAGAGACCUGGAACCUCAUGACCAGGAAGUCGAGGAUCUGUUAGCUUGGACUAAUACGUUGCCUUAGCAACUUCAGAGUGGAUACGACGAAGUAUGCGAAGCGGCAGCCGCGUCCCAGUUGGCGCCAAAACCGACGUGUUCAAUUACCUGUUCUUACUGAACACUGGUGGACCAAACUAGUCACGCGUGAACAUAUGUAAAUGAAGACGCUCAAUGGGGAGGAGUACUACAUACAUUACACGAUUGUAAAACGCUUCACUGUCUCUAAAAUAAAAUACAACGAAAGUAAGAGCGAAGCGGGUGGGUUGUGAUCUCUAGGUUGCGAAUUGUGGUGAGCGCCAUUGUUUUUGGUUACGGGGCUUUUCUAGAAACAGAGCUGCGACUGUUGCGCAACGUUUCCCCCGAAACGCACGGAAGCAUUACAAAACAAUUUGAUGUCCUCGACUUGGUUGGUUCUCCAUAUUUUCCACGGUGUAAAGGGAGUCCCUAAGUUGGUAUGUUUAAAAAUUGACAAAUUUAUAACUGUCAGUCGUAAGGAAAAAUUAAGCGUAAAAACUUUACUUUUAACCCUAACGAAAAGAAAUUGGCCGUCAGCCGUAAAAACCAUCACCCCAUUGAGACCCUUUGUAAAGGCUCCGCCUAAAAAUAGUAAGACCGAAAAUACUGAAAUAUGUACGUGCCUUUUUUUUUUAUAUAAUCUUCAUUAUUCAUGCAUGUAAAUACCUCUUCCAAUACUACAUAUGUUAUAAAACGCUAUUUUUUUCGGUUGAGAUCUACCUAACUGAUAUCUGACCACGUUUUCUUCCUCCUUUUUCCGUUUUUGUAAAGAACCCUUACGGUUACAUUUGAAUUAGCCUCAUUUACAUGUCGGGUCUUGUUGUCUCUAAAAGUUACAACAACAGGCACAUGCGUAUAUCU